AUGCUCGCAGCGCAACGACCCGCUCUUCUCCUGGCGCCAGCAUUCCGUCGCAUCCUGGUGACAAAAUCCCCUCGACCGCUCCUCCCAGGUUUAAUCCUCCCAGUUCGCUCCUCGACGACCAUCGCUGCUCCCGAGUUCUGGAAAAGCCUAGUCCCCAAGCCGCUGCGCGAGCGCCAGAAGACCGGAAAAGUCAAGGUCAAGAAGGGAUGGAACCCCGCGACAUACUUCAUCUGGAUGUUCCUGUUUAUCGGGUCCAUGUCCAUCCAGAUGAUCGCGCUAAAGAAGGAUCAGGCGGCAUUCAUGCGCCGGGCGGAUGUGCGCAUCGGCCAGCUGCGCGAGGUGGUCGAGAAGCUACAGAAUGGCGAAGAGGUUGAUGUUGAGAAGGUUCUGGGCACGGGCGACGCCGAGAAGGAGCGCGAAUGGGAAGAGGCCUUGAAAGAGCUUGAGCGCGAGGAUGCGACUCGGAGUCAGCGCAAGAAGCAGGCGCAGGCCGUGACACCACCUCUAGCUCCUAAGAAGAACGAAGCCCCCGCUGCGGCCGAACCAGCGAAGCCCAAGGUCCAGAGUGCCAUCGCCAGCGAGGGUUUCUACUGA